GAGAAUCGACCUUUUACAACACGUGUUACGUUUUUUUUGUGAAUUAGUGUUUGUUCAACUCUGCUAAGGCCUUGAAGGCGACUUACACUGCUCACAAUUUAUAUCUACCAGUAUUUCAAUAUGUCUGAGUCUGAAUUAGCCUGUGUGUACAGUGCCCUUAUCCUCCAAGAUGCUGAUAUCAACAUCACUGCCGAAAAGAUGACCACCUUGAUCAAGGCAGCUGGAUUGGAUGUGGAGCCCAUUUGGCCAUCCCUCUUCUCUAAGGCCCUUGAGGGCAAAGACGUUGGUGCCCUGAUCAUGAAUGUGGGCUCUGGUGCUGCCGCUGCUGCUCCAGCUGCUGGAAUGGCUGCUGGGGGUGACAAAGGAGGAGAGAAGGUAGAGGAGAAAAAAGAGGAAAAGAAACCAGAAAGUGAAGACGAGUCGGAUGACGACAUGGGAUUCGGUCUGUUUGACUGAGGUCUGUGCGCCUGUAAAUGACUCAUUAAUCCGUAGUAAUUUUUAUUAUGGAUAUCAAAUGUGUCCUUUCUUUUUGUGCUCAUGAUGGUAAAGUAUAAAAAUUAAUAUAGUCA